GCCAAUUGGUGAAGUGACGCCCUGCCAAGUCCAGUAGAUUCUGCGUUGCUCGGCGGUUACAAGCUCAGCGGAAGGAGGCGAAGGACGGAGGAAGAAAGAAAGCUAAGCAAAGUGAAGGAAAGCGAGUUCAUCUUCAGGAUAGAGCUUAGAUGCGUGCCCCCAACGCUAGAAACCUUUGUACACUGAGUGGCCUUUUCCGUUCUUCAACCUCGAAACUCAAGAAUUCUAAGCCACAAUCCUAUCCUCCAGCUUCAUCCAUUCAUGAAGAUGAUUUUUCGGAGCUCGAUGGUGAUUCUCACUCGAUCCGCAACGAUCUUGAGUUUGAGCGACCCUCUGAUUCAGAGAAUUUGCCUGACCUGGUAUCUAAGCAUAUUUCUUCUAUGUUAUCUGAUGAAAAGUCAAGUCCAAGAAGUCAAGUUCGAAAGUUUGCAAAAUUUGUACCUUCUACACUAGAUCCAUCCAAUUUGAAAGAUGAUUUUUCAGAACUUGAUAGUAAACCUAAGCCUACUAUUUUCAAGGACCUUGACUAUGCACCACUCUCUUAUUCAGAGAAUUCACCUAAUUCGGUGUCUAAGAAGAUUCCUUCCAUGCUGUGUGAAUCUGAUGGAGCGGAGAAAAAGCUUUCAAGAGGUCAAAUUCGCUGCCCUUCAAUAAUGGAAUCUUCUCCUCAAGCCUCGUCCAUUUUGGAAGAUGAUUUUUCAGAACUUGACAGCGAAUAUAAUCCUUCAAUCUCUGAAGACAUUGACUUUUUGCAACCCUCUGUUUUAGAUAAUUCACCUAAGCUCCACACUGAGCAGAUUAAUGAUAUACUGUGCGGUGACUAUGGUCAAUUGGUCAAGAGAUCAGGUGAUGAUGCGGAAAAAUUGGAAAUUUCACUAGAUGUACCAUGCUUUCUUGGUCAAUUUGGUGGGAAUUUAUCGCAGCAACAGAAAGAGAAGGCUCGUGACAGAAAGCAAAAGUGGAUUUUUAAACACAUGCAGGAAAACCGAUUUGACAGGGUACUUCAAUUCUUUGCAGAUAAAAUGGGGGCAAAGGCUACUGUGGAAGUGUUAGGUAAAUUGGGAAGAGAAACAGGCAUGAAGGAAUACAAUGCAUUAAUAGAAGUAUGCAUAAAAAAUGCCAGGAAAACUAAUGAUGAAGAAGUGGCAAUUGAAGAAAUGAGCAAGGCUUUUCGCCUUUUUAAACAAAUGAGAGAACAAGGUUUUGAACUACGAGAGCAAACGUACAGCCCUCUUCUUGUGUAUUUAAUUGACAUGGGUAUGGUUGAAGAAUUUCAAUUUUUCAGUGAGGUAAUCAAAGACGAAAAUCCCGUUUCAGUUUCAAGAUUGGGUUACUAUGAAAUGAUGUUAUGGCUGAGAGUUGGUAACAGAGAAAAGAUUCAGGAUCUUUGUAACUCUAUAGCAGUCAAUGAUGGUAUAGACUCUUCUGGUUUAGGAGAAAGUUAUUUAUUGGCAUUUUGUGAAAGUGAUUGGAAGGAGGGGCUUUUACAGCUGUUGGAAAUUAUAGACAUAACAAAGCUUUCAUCUACAGAAUCUAUAGCAGGCAUUUUUAAAUCAUUGGGAAGGCUAUGCUUGGAAUCAUAUGCGGAAAGAUUCCUUUUAGCUUUCAAAUUUUGUGAUGAUGAAGCAAAUAAUGUUACAAACUUCAUCGCCAGUUAUGCUGUUAGCCUACCAAAUUUAGCGGUUGAGGAUGUCAUCUUGAAAUUCAAGGAUUUGCACCAAGAACUGGAAGUUUCACCUGCAUCCUCAUCAUACGAGAAGCUCGUUAUGUAUGCCUGUGACUUACUUGAGGUGCAUUUAGCUCUUAAGAUUGUUCGUGAAAUGUGUGAAGCAGGCUUUGCCUUAUCUACCGAGGUGUUAAAUUCCGUAUUACGAAGUGUUGAAGAAACAUGUGAAUAUAAUUUGGUCCACUGGAUCUAUUCCACAAUAUCUCACUACAGUUUGAAGGCAAAUUCUGAAACAUUCAGGUGUAUGAUAAGCUUGUGCACCAGGAUGAAAGAUUUUGAAAGUGCAGAUAAGAUGCUUAAUGAUUUGGAAGAAAUGAAUGUGAAGCCUACGUCUAGCAUGUACAAUGCUAUUAUUGCUGGAUAUUUUAGAGAGAAAAACAUUAGUGAUGCUUUAAGGGUCCUUGAGCGCAUGAAAGAUGCCAAUAUCAAGCCUGAUUCUGGUACUUUCAACCAUUUGAUUAGCAACUCUAAAACUGAGGAGGAUAUAACCAAGUAUUAUGAAGAAAUGCAGCAGUCUAACUGCCAACCUACAAAGCAGACUUUUGUGGCCCUUAUAACUGCAUAUGCAACCUGUGGACAGUUGGAGAAGGCAAAACAGGUGGUCUUAGAUCCAGCCGUUCCAGCAAAGAGCUUAAAUGAAAUCAAAUGUGCCCUUCUCACGACUCUUGCAUCGCAUGGGCAAUUUUCUGAUUCUAUUCAUAUUUAUGAGGAAAUCAAGGAAUCUGGAAACAAUCUGGAGCCAAAAGCUGUUAUAAGUCUUAUUGAGGGACACAUCAAAUCUGAUGGGGAAUUAGAUAGAUUGGUUCUGCUACUUGAAGAGUUGACUGAUCCAGACUAUUGGGUAGAUGGUUGCUUCAGAAUUAUUAUGUUUUGUGUUGAGAACAAGCAUUUAAGUCUUGCUGUUGACCUGAUCAAGCAACUCAAUGAUAAAAUUCACGACAACGAACUACUCAUGGAAGUUCUUUUGGAUCAGGUAUUUUCUACAAUUGCAUCUUCAGAGUCCGCACAUUUGAAGUUUGGCCUAGACCUUUAUUGGCGGAUCAGGAAAGUGUUUGGCAUUAUACCUUCACGGCAAUGUCUGGACUUUCUUCUAACUGCUUGUGCCAACGCCAAAGAUUUGCGGAAUAUUCGUAAAAUUUGGAAAGAAUACCAGCUUGUUGGAUACCCUUUUAAUGUUUUAAGUUACGUGAGGAUGUAUCGAGCGCUUUUGGCUGCAGAAGAUUUUCCAUCUGCCAAAUCUAUACUCAAUAAAAUUCCAAGAGAUGAUCCCGAUGUUUGUCGGGUCGUCAAAGAAUGUCAAAAAGCAUACGAUGAUCUUAUUUCCUUGGAUAAACUUGUGAAGAAAAUGGAUAAGAAAGAAAAGGAGGAAGAUUUAUUUGACUGAGAAUCAGGCAUUUCCAUUAAAAUUUUGUAGACCAGUUAAGAAAUGUGUUUUCACGAACGUUGAUGUAACAUUGUUCAAUUCGAUAUAUGAAUUCCUAGGUACGAUGCUUUUAGAGACA